GGUGGGGCUGCCGGCGCCGGCACUCUGGAGUGUUGGUAGGGUUCGGGGGUGACUAUCAACCGUCACCCUAAGGCGGGUGGCGGUGCAAUGGCGACGCUCCCCAGUUAUUCGGACUUGACUGUCUCUGGAGCGCCCCCGCCUGGUGGGGGAGCCCAGGCGACGGCGGCGGUGGAGGAGGAGGAGCGAGAGGUGGUACGGGUCCGAGUCAAGAAAUGUGAGAGCUUCUUGCAACCCGAGUUUCGCUCUUUUGCUGUGGACCCCCAGAUCACCUCACUGGAUGUAUUACAGCAUAUCCUCAUUCGAGCCUUUGACUUGAAUGGAAAGAAGAACUUCAGCAUCAGCUACCUGGGCCGGGAUCGGCUAGGUCAAGAAGCUUACCUCUCACUUCUGUCUGACUGGGACCUCAGCAUGGCCUUUGCCACUGCCUCCAAACCUUACCUGCAGCUGCGUGUAGAUAUUCGGCCCACUGAAGAUAGCCCACUGCUGGAAGACUGGGACAUCAUCAGUCCCAAGGAUGUCAUUGGCUCCGACAUGCUGCUGGCUGAGAAACGCUCAUCACUCACCACAGUGGCCCUACCCUUUACACAGUCCAUUCUCUCUCAGGUGGGUCGCACCUUGUCAAAGGUUCAGCAGGUGCUAAGCUGGUCCUAUGGGGAAGAUGUCAAGCCCUUCAAGCCACCUCUCAGCGAUGCGGAGUUUCACACCUACUUGAAUCACGAAGGCCAGCUGUCCCGCCCCGAGGAGUUGCGUCUGCGCAUCUACCACGGUGGCGUCGAGCCCUCCUUGCGAAAGGUGGUGUGGCGGUACCUGCUGAAUGUGUACCCGGAUGGGCUGACAGGCCGUGAGCGCAUGGACUACAUGAAGCGCAAGAGUCGCGAGUAUGAGCAGCUGAAGAGCGAGUGGGCCCAGCGGGCGAGCCCGGAGGACCUGGAGUUCAUCCGCAGCACCGUCCUCAAGGACGUGCUUCGCACUGACCGGGCCCACCCCUACUAUGCGGGGCCUGAGGAUGGGCCGCAUCUGCGGGCCCUUCAUGACUUGCUCACCACCUAUGCUGUUACCCACCCGCAGGUCUCCUACUGCCAGGGCAUGAGUGACCUGGCCUCACCCAUCCUCGCUGUCAUGGACCACGAGGGCCAUGCCUUUGUCUGCUUCUGUGGCAUUAUGAAACGCCUGGCCGCCAACUUUCAUCCUGACGGCCGUGCCAUGGCCACCAAGUUCGCACACCUCAAGCUGCUGCUGCGACAUGCUGACCCUGACUUCUAUCAGUACCUGCAGGAGGCCGGGGCCGACGACCUCUUCUUCUGUUACCGCUGGCUGCUGCUCGAGCUCAAGCGCGAGUUUGCCUUCGACGAUGCCCUCCGCAUGCUUGAGGUCACCUGGAGCUCACUGCCCCCCGAUCCGCCUGAACAUGAGGUCGAGCUUGUGGGACCUCUCAGCCAAAUGGCUGACACCAGCUUCAGUGGCCACCGGGGCCGGCCUGUGCGACAGCGGCACAUGCUCAGGCCUGCCGGUGGGGGAAGUGAAGGUGGUGCCUUGGAGCAGGCUUUUGGCCACUUGGCCAUGACCAGCCAGGGCCCCGGGGGUGGGGGACGGCUUCUGAGACAAGCCAGUCUGGAUGACCUUCAGCAACUCAGGGAUCAUGCAGGCAUGAGGAGGAACCUCAAGGCCCAGCUACCCCACCCAGUUAUGUUGAUCAGUUCCAAGUCCCUCUCUGAGCCCUGGCUGAACUCCCCAGAUCCAUUGCUCUCCUCUUCUUCCCGCCCCGAUUCCCCAUCAUCCUCCUCUCCAUCCUCUACCCAGGAGGCCUCCCCUGCUGGGGAUGUGGCCACAGGCUCCCUUUUGAUGCCCGAGGUGGGCUACGUACAAGAACCUGGGAAGUCCCUGACCAACUCCCCGCCCCUGGGCCUGCCCCCUCCACAGGAGUUUGGCCGGGGGAAUCCGUUCAUGCUCUUCCUCUGUCUAGCCAUCCUGCUGGAGCACCGUGACCACAUUAUGCGCAAUGGGCUGGACUACAAUGAGCUGGCCAUGCAUUUUGACCGACUGGUGCGAAAACACCACCUGGGCCGUGUCCUCCGCCGAGCCAAGGCUCUGUUUGCUGAUUACCUGCAGUCUGAAGUGUGGGACUCGGAGGAAGGGGCCGAGGCCACGGCCCCAUCUUGAUCAGCCGUCCUGUGAGCCCUCCUCUCAGUCCUCUGUUCUUUGUCAUGAGGACCUUGUCUCAAGAGGGCUGACCUUACUUCCCUGCCUGCCAGCCUGUGACCACUCCAGGUCCUCUUUCCCCUGGUCUGAGAAUUUAGGGCACCACCCAUGGAGGCCAGUGACCUCUUGGUUUGCUCUUGUUUCAUUUUUAACAACUGUACUUUGCACACCCUAAGGUCAAUGAGGUCUGUGUAUUUCUCUGCCGCA